AUGACGAACCGUCAAAAUAAUCAAGGAUUCACUGACAAUCCCGAAAAGGAAGCAGACGAUAAUGGUAAUGUUCAGCGUUCCAUGACCAAACGAUCUCCGCCUGGCUCUUCUAUCCUGUUGUUUUAUAUGUCUCUUGCAAUUGCUAUAAUGUUAACUGUCAGCCAAAAAUCCAAUGAUGGAAUGCAGGUGCCAAAUAAUCAGAAUGCCCUCAUUACUCCAGGCCAAAUUUCAGCAAGAAAAAAUAACGGAAAUUUUAACAAUGAAAGGGAUUUAGAAGCAAUGGCUGCGCGAAUUGCGGAACUCACGGAUAGAAGCCUUAAAUAUGCGGAUGAUACUUCAAUGAAAAAUUUAAAACAUCAAAAGACAAAAGACGCCCAUCCGUUUCAGGAAAUAUAUGAUAAUAAUAAUUCAUCGUCAUCUUCUUUAACUGUAAAAUUAAACGCUGAAAAAGAAUCACAAAAGAUGCAUGAAAAAAACGAGGAAUUGCCAAAAUCAAAACAAGAAAACUAUUUGAAAAAGGCCGAAGAAGAUGAUAGUUUGGAAACAUUACCAUCCGAACAAAUAAAAACUUCAGACAGAACUCGGAAGUGGGAACACAGCUCGCCUCCAAGGAAUGUGCAGGAUAUUAAAUCUAGAAAAAGUUAUGAUGAAAAGCAAAGAAUUAUCAUGCCAUCCAAUGCAACCGAAGAGGAAACUCGUUUGCUAGGAAUAUGGAAAUUGCCUCCUGAAUUUAUAGGGUUCGAAAUUGAAGAUGGUAAAAGUGCAAACGUAGCGAAGCCAGCAGCAAUUGUUCAAUCUAGAUCUUUCAUUACAAAUCCAGAGAUUUCAAGUGUUCAACUAAAUUUUGUAGUUCCACAAGCGAAGAUGGUACGAGAAACCAAUAACAAAUCCUCAAUAAUAAAAAAUAAACAACGACGUCAACACAGUAAUGAUGAGUCUUAUUCAAGUGCUGAGCACUCCGGUGAAGGUCCGCCUUCAGAUGUGUACACAGAAACAGACAGUGAUUUAGGAAAAUUCUUGGACGAAGAUUAUAAAGCACGUAUUGAAAAAGAAGCAGAAGCCUUUAUAAAGAAAAAUAAACAAGAAAAUAAGGGGGAAACUGAUUCAUCAGAAGAUACCAAACAGCCGCCACAUUCUCAUAAACAUCAUAAGACUGCUUAUAGUAAUAAUCAUAUACCAUCUCCCCCAUUACCACAAAACGAUAACGUAUAUCAUGACAAUUCCAUACCAUCCAAACCUUAUUCUCAGAAAGAAUAUGUGUACCAUAACAGAAAUAAACCGUCUCAAAUACAUCCUCAAAGCGGAAAUGUUCCCAGCGAAGCAAACAAGCCUCCUCAGGCAUACUCCAAACAAAAAUUUGCAGUUCCUGGUGGAAGCAUAUACUUUUAUAAAGGUAUGGAUGGAAUGUUAUACGAUCCAGCUCUGUUUCCAGGUCUAUUUGAAUCGACUAAAACUCGAAACUCUCCGAAAAUGAAUGAAGAUUAUAUUCCUCCUUCUAGUGAAGUCUACAUCAGUCCAGAUUACGAGACUCACCCUUUGUACCUUGAAGAUGGUUACCCAAUAGUGUAUUCAAAUAUUGCACAUCAUCCAUCUUCGAAUUUCGAACAACAACCAAAACUGUUGCUAGUGCAUCCUAUUCCAGAAUCAGAAGUAAUCAAUGAAAAGCAGCAUCGGAACUUACGGCCAAUUGCACCCCCUGGACACCAUCAAUACGCACAGCCGCAAAACAAUGAAAAUCCUCGACGACCACCUCCAGUUUAUGAAAAACACCUACGAGAAGCAUUAAAAGUCAGUGAUGAACAAUAUAGGGAAUCACCGCCUACAAGCUAUGAACAUCGAGAAAGAGACAUACCAGAACAUGAUGAAUACAGACAAUUUCAAACGAAUGUUAAUGGAUAUCAUUCAAGUGCUCUGCACCAACAAAGACAACCUAGUUUCAAGGAACAAGAAUCUCAUCAAUUCAACUCUGACUCAUCAGAAGAGGAUUCCGAUUGCUCAUCUGAAGAAAAAGGGUUCGAUCAAACAUCCGGAUUAGAUCAAGACCAUUUACCAGUUGCUCCGGUUCCUCAAGCUAAACUAAAUAUAAAUAAUCCUAUUCCUGUUACUGCGCCUCUUGAACAUCAUAGAUCUCAUGAAAACUACAAUUCGCAACAAUUUAAUGAUUAUCCAGUGAAUCACAAUAGGUAUUUACCUCUAGAGCCCAUUACUGAACAGAAAAAUAUAAAUCCUCCCAUGAUAACAUCAAGCCAUGAAUAUUCGCCUCAAGAACCCAUUUCAGAGCAAGAAAACUUGAAUCCUUAUCCAGUGAAUCACAAUAGGUAUUUACCUCAAGAGCCCAUUACUGAACAGAAAAAUAUAAAUCCUCCCAUGAUAACAUCAAGCCAUGAAUAUUCGCCUCAAGAACCCAUUUCAGAGCAAGAAAACUUGAAUCCUCCAAUCAAUCAUCCAUAUUCUCAUGAACAAAACACAGAGCCAGUCGAACCAUAUGGUGAAGAAAAAGAAAAUCCUGAAACCUUCCAAUACGAGAGGAAACAUAAAUAUCAAGUUGCAAUGUACGAACAUGAUGAAUCAAUCUACCAAAGCAAUGCACCUGAGAUUUCUCCUUAUGAACCAGAAGUAAAAACAAGUUCUGAAGAAUUUACACCAACGCAUCCAGUAUCAUCAGCUGAAGAACCAAAUACAAUUCCGCAAAACCAAAACCCAAAUUUUAUAUCUCCUCAAGACCAGACACGUCACAUUCGAUUCGAAAGUGGUUUUCGUCCCAUGUCAGCUCCAGCUGCCUAUGGCCCAAAACCAGAUUGCCAUCGAUCUAUUGAUUCCGACAUUUCUCAAAGUGACCCACAUGUAAAUAGUAUGCCUUCACCUCAUCAUCGCCAAGGUUUAGAACAUUCUGAUGCAGGAAGAUCACCUCCAACCUACCAUGACAGUCCUCAUGCUGGAACGAAUGUAAAUAACAUGAAGUCACCAAAUCAAAAUGGAAAACACUUCGAAACGGAAGGAUCUGUCGAAGAAGAUUUUCAUCCUCACACCUAUCCACAGGGAGAGCGCAUUCCACAACAGCAGUAUAAAGACAAAUCUUCAGAAAUAACAAGACCCACAGAACAAGCAUCUCGACCACCUUCAUCUUAUUCAAAUUCGAAUGAAGAUAAAGGUCCUGAGAAUAGUCACCAGCCAAAACUAAGAGUAGUCACUGCUCCAAUACAGCAUUUAAAGCAAAGCAACCAUCCUGACGCAAACCAAUACAGAGAAGGUCAUUUUGAAAAAGAUUUAAAUCUAAAUCCAGAAGCACCGUCACGUUACCGAGAAUUGUCAGAGCCACAAAAUGAAGUGUCCAGCGAAAGAAAGAAAUCAAAGAGAAGAUCGUCUAAAAAUUCAAAAGGAAGACGCAACAAGCGAAAUGGUAAAAAGGGAAACAAAAAUGAAAAGAAAUCAAGAAAGCAUAGAUCAACAAGAGAAAAAAUGAUGACCGCUGCUGCCACUUACCACUGGGGAAUGGAAAACCAUAAAGACAAGGACGGAUUUUUUCUUUACGCCAAUGUUCCCCGAGAUGAUGCCUACGAGUAUGGUUACCGCAUGGGAGGGCCAGAACAACUCGUUGAAAAGCACCACAGAACAGAAGGCGAGAGGUCCACGAUUAAACUAAACUGGGAGGACAAGAAUGGAGACUCUGGAGAUCAAUACUGGGAAUUCAAUCACAACUCUUCUGAAGGCGAGGAUGAAAAGCCAAAGAAAAGAACUCAAAAAAGCACUAAGCCAGCUGCUGAUUAGAUACGAACUGCAUUCAAAAUUUAGUAUCAAGUCAAUUAUAGUGUUGUGCGUUCCAUAACAAAGCCAUUCAUUUAUUGAGUACAUCUACAAAAAGGCUACAAAUGACAUAGAAGACGCUGUAACCUUCUCAUUGUGUUGUUUCAUUAUCAGUGUAAUACAAGAUUUAGAAAAUCAUUUCAUUACCAUCAUACUAUUUGGCAUUAUUUCUCACUCUAUUUGAAAGAAAAUUCUUUAAUUGUUAAAAAAAUCAUCUGCAUUUAAAGGCAAGUACAGACUAUAAAUGUGCAACAAAUGACACAUUUCUUUCAAAUAAAUGGUUUGAUAAGAUUGUAUCUCUUUUUCAAGAUAAAGGAAGGCUAAUCCAGAAUGGACCAUGGUCAAGGCGCUACCCAGCAUCUCUCCAAACAUCCAUAUGACACUAGCAGAAGAAUGGUUAAUUUUGAGAUUUAAACAUUCAAUUGGCUAGAAUGUAGAAAGUUGUCCUAACGAGUCUCUCCAAUAACAGCUGGAACAUAGAAAGUCAUUCUUUCUACAUUCUAGAGAGGUAGGAAGAUUCAGAUGCUGCAUAGUUGAUGACCAAUUAAAUUUCUAUCAGUCUCGAAUCUAAAAACAUCCAUGCAAAAGCAAAGAUUCUCCCAAAGGCCACCAGAUAAAACCAACGAAAUGUCUGCCCCUUAAGCCUGAAAUCUGCUAAUCUUCCAAACCAGAAGCAAAGAUUUUCUUACCUAUCUACCAUGGCUCUCCUUUCUGAUUAACUCACUGGAAAGGUCCAUCCAUGGUGUUAAUUAAACUGAACUGAAUUAUAUCAACAAUGAAACAAGUAAUAAUGAGUACAAUCUAGAUUCAACAAGUAGAACCUACUCCUAUGUCU